AACAACACACAAAAAAAGGAGCCACUAGGCCUUAUGUGUGGUGUGUCUUGUGAGAAAUUACCAGGUGCAUUUCUCAGGAAAGGACAUAAAAGAAAGGUGCAUCUCAGUGGGGGAAUCAGGUGCCCGGGAAAGGUAGGUGGGAGACGAAGUUUCUCGCGCGCAGGCGAUGAGAAGAACAGUGGCUUCAAAGUGGAGGGCAAAAAAAAAAAAAGAAUUAACUAUGGAUGCUACAACCAACAAGCACCGACGAAAGAAAAAAAAGGAUAAAAGAAGUGGAGAGGCGUUCCUCUUUCACUUUGGAGGAAACCACAAAAAUGCAAAAUCACACAGGACAUGACGGGCCCCGGAACAGGAGAGAAGCAAAAGCGAAAGCACCACCUGCCGUCCAAGCACCAAAGGCAUGCACGAAGAAUCGGCUCGGCCCCCAAAAAGCACAGGGCCCAGGCGCCCACCGCGCAGCCUGCCAGGCGGGGGAGCCGUUGGAUGUCGCACAAACUGCCCAGUCCUCCGCAGUGGAGUACAGCGCCAGCGAGCCACCAGCACCCUCAUCCUCCGUUUCGCGGCUCACAGAGAUACCUCAAAACCCAACCAGGCCGGCGUCCAGGUGUCCACAGAAAGAGGAGAGCAGAGAGAGCGGGAGAUCAUGGAGCUCUGCGUCUCUACCACUGCCUCCGUCCGCGCCACCGCCGCGCCCAUAUCCUUCGCCCCGCCCCGGCGAGGCGCGUCUGCUUCCACCGCCCUCCCGCUCCACCGCCGAAUCCCAACUCGAGGCUGGUGUUGCGCCAGCGCGGCCGUGCCUGACCCGGCGCCCUCCGAAGAGCUCGCAUCCGCCUCCUACACCGUCGUCGUCGCGGACAAGCCCGAUUCGCCUGCCGAUGACAAGGUCGACGAGGUUAGCGCCGCGCCUAGUGGCUCCGCGGAGGCGCCCGUAGCAGAACCGGUGUCAUCAGAGGCGUCCCCGUCCCCGUCCACGGAUGACGGCGGUCUGGAUGAGAUACUAAGCAAGUUGAACAUUGAAGUGACUCCGAUUUUAAUCCUCACUGGAUCUGGUGCCUUUGUUGCUUUAUGGAUCCUAUCUUCUGUUGUUUCUGCAGUUGAUUCAGUCCCCCUGCUCCCAAAAUUGCUGGAAUUAGUAGGAACUGGUUACUCAAUUUGGUUCACCGCACGGCAUCUCCUUUUCAAGGAAAGCAGAGAUGGCAUGUUUGCAAAGUUCAAGGAUAUCAAAGAGAGGAUCAUUUGAUCUACCAUCGAUAUCUGGUCACGUGUUUAGGCUUUACAGCCUGCUUAUUAUUAGGUUUUCUCCCCUUUCAAAUAUUACUGAAGGGGUAAAGAAGGUCGUAUAUCUAAUUUUUCUUCUCACGGGGUCUGUCAUUAGGCUUCUCAAGUUUGGCUAGUGUGCUUCUUCAGGUCACUCUCGAUGUUUUUUACUCAAUCCUAUGUGUAUGCUGCCGAAUAAAGCUUUAAAAAGAUGAAUGCAAUUAGUAUGUUCUCGCUCCUAUGCAAGUUUUGAAA